AGCGUGACAGAGUCAGUCGCUGCUGCGCCACCGUCCUGGUCACACACACCCGCAGGCGCUCUCACCCUGGCAUCACUCCGCCCGCUCAUGAUGCGACACUCACAGUUAAUCUUAUUUACAAAUGCAAAAUUAUACAGAUGUUAAAAUGAAAGAAUCUGACAAACUUUCUCUGAAAACUGUAUAUAUACUGUAUAUCAUGAUGCGCAUUAGUCUGGAUAGCACCGGGAAAAGUUGUAGCAUGGAGUGAGUGUUAUGGUGUACUGUACUGUACUCUGUAGUGAAGUGAUUUAGUUAAUAUUGUGUGUCAGACUUUCCCCUCACUGGAAGACAGAUAAGAGUGAAUAACGUGAUCAAUGAGACAGACAUGAACAGACUCUACCGACUUUUGCUCAAAGUUUGUACAUUAUUACGGGUGGUGACCAACGAGUGCUUUAGUGUAAGAGCAACAAGCAGUAAACUCUACGUGAACUGGGAAGCUGCUGAAACAAUCUGACAACCCAUUUAGUCAUUAAGGACAAAACUCCCUUAAUUAAAGCCACCGACAAGUGACCCAAGACUAGCCAAGGUCACCAAGGUCACACACACACAUGAACUUGACCUUAUGUUUGUUAAGUUGACCUGACCUGAAGAAUCCUGCCGAAUACAUCUCCAAGGAACUCAAAUACGCCAGGGAUUUUUAAGAGGAUAACUUUGACCGUCUAGGGAUAAGGAUAACACAAAAGACAAAAUGUCUCGCCACAACAGACGGUACCAUAGACUAACUCUACAGCUGGUCUUCAUCACACAGCUGGUCACACGAGCUACAGGUCAGUGUAGUGGAACGGAGACCUACGAGAAGGUGACCCGGGCGACGGUAUCCGGGGUGACGGGUUCUCCUCUCUACAGCAACUCUGGGGGCACAGUGACCGAAGGAUGCCUCACCAGAUGUCGAGGUUUACAGACGUGUUCGGGGUUCAUCGUCAACUACGAGAGGGAGGCUUGUUUCAGCGCUGACGUGACCUCGAACACCAAGCCCCAGCCAGUGGACCAGGCCCUCAACUACUUCCAGAAGAUCUGUAUCAACUCGCCGCCGUGUGGGAAGGCGUGGAUGCUGGAGCGUGUGGUGGGAUUUGAGGUGGAAGGAUACGAUGACCUUGUACUCAACAACAUUCCCACCAGACUCAAGUGUGCUGAGCUGUGUAUUGGUGAACGUAACCUUAAGUGUCGCAGCGCAGAGUACCACGAAAGGGACGGCGUGUGUCGUCUCAGUCGCCAGGACAGAAGGACGCAGCCCCUCAGCUUCCGCCCAACGUCGCCUCACGUCCACUACAUGGAGAACCAGUGUGCAGGAAUCCCGCAGACGCAGCACUGUGAGUAUGAGGAGCUGCCCCAACAGGACAUGGGUCACGGCGACGUUCAGUUCGCCGUCAGAAACGUGGCUGAGUGCCAACAAACAUGCGAGUCGGAGCUGUCGUUCAACUGCCGGUCGUACACGUGGUACUCUCAUGCCAAAGUGUGUCGACUGUCUGGUGAUGACAUAGUGUCAGCGGGGCCGUCAGCCGUCAACCCCCAGCCAGGAGCUACCUACUACCAGCGCACCACCUGCCUCGACCUGAGGUUGGCGUGUAGUGUGGACGCCAUGACAGUCCAGCUCCACACUUCAGAACCCUUCAAAGGUCGUCUCUUCUCAAGGGACUUUCCUGCUUCCUGUCACUCCCUCGAUAAGGGCAGUACUGACACUUCUCUCAUCAUCAAGUUCACGGACCCGGAGUGUGGCGUGAUGGAUGAAGGGGGUGGCAUCUACAGCAACGUGAUAGUGGUGCAACAUCAUCCGGUCAUCCAGAGACGGGGAGAUAAAGCCAUCAAACUCCUCUGUCUGUUUGAGACCUCUAACAAGACGGUCACCGAUAGUUUUAACUUUAUUGUCGAUAGUAACUAUCCUGGCGGGGGAGUGGCCACGGCCAUCGUCAACGCCACUGCGCCCACCCCCAGGAUACGUCUGCGCAUCGUUGACCGUGACGGCAACGACAUCAAUGGUGCCAGACUGGGUGAAGAACUCUACCUCAGGCUGGACUUGGAUAGCGACAGUGUAUACGGUAUCCUGGCGCGUAACUUGGUGGCAAAGAGCGGGGAUAAUAGCGACUCCAUCAUGCUGCUGGACGACCGAGGGUGUCCAGUCGACCCCGUCAUCUUCCCCUCCCUCCAGCCUGUGCCGGGGUCCAGGAGCCUCCAAGGCAAGUUCGAGGCCUUCAAGUUCUCCGAAGACCAGGUGGUGCGCUUCCAGGUCAACGUCCAGUUCUGCCUGGAGGAGUGUCGCCCGGCUCAGUGUGGUGCAAUCGUCUCCUACGGGCGUAAACGUCGAGGGCUGACAGCAGAAGGUGGCCUGCUGACACUAGACGGGGAGCUGACCUUGGUGGGGGGUGAAGUGACCCUUGGAGGUGACGACGUGGAGGAGAUUGACCCCGACACCAUCUACCAUGAGAUGCCGCUGCAAAAGGAGAUCAUCGUCAACAGUAACACGGUGCAGCCUCUCAAGACUGGUUUAUUACCUGAGGAGACAGAUGCACGUCGGCUCGCCCAGCUGGUGUGCACGUCACGGGAGGUGGUCAUCGCCAUCAUCGUCUCCGCCGUCAUUCUUCAGGUGUGUAUAGUGUUAGUGGCCAUCAUGUGCGUGUUCGCGAGGCGGAGGAAACACACGCCCGAGGAGCCUCACGUCUCCACCCUCAGUAGGGGAGUCCGCUCACCUUACACCGUCACCUCCGACGACUCAGUUAACACACUCAAGAGUCUCAGAACGUCCCUCAGAGACUAGUGAUGGAGCCUUGUGUUUAGACUCUGCCAGACUUUCUACUGAGCCCUGCCAGAUCUACAACACUCUGCCAGUCAUAGCCUCACUCUCCAGGACUCCGGACUUUGUAAUAUAUUGUAUAAUCUUCUUUUAAUGACUACUGUAAUGACUCUGAGGGUAAACCAAAACACAAAAUUUGAAUAUAUAUUUUGAGGUAACAAAUGGGAGGAAGUUUUUUGGCUAACGGUGAAGGUAUUACGUUAAAUAACCUCUGUAAAACAUUGUAUAUUUUUUUCUAUCCGUCUUCUUAACAUUUUGAGUUGAGAUAAUUUUUUUUCUUUAUAAACUUUACGCUCAAUUGAGACUACUUUGGAGUAAUGUUUCCCGGGUUUUAACUUAAAGGACAACUUCUAUAUUUACGAGGAGAAGAUAAUCAGUGUCACUCAUGGGAGAGAGAUAUUGAGACCGAACACGACACAAGGGAAGUCUCAUCCUGCCAUAACCUUACCUUAAGUGUCGCCGCGUCUCGUGUGUUCCUCCUUCAGUCGUACGGUAGACACUGACUUGUGUGAAGGUUUGACUUAUGGUGGUCGACGUAGAUCAAGAUACAGACGUUAAUUCACCUCAUCCUUCUCUUCAGGGCAAAUUAAUUAUUAACAGAUAAGCACACACGUAAGCAUACAUAAAAAAAACGCAUCUAAACACUUAACACUGUCUCGGAAAUCCAAUAUACUUUUGUCUUUGCCAUUUUGAUUACAUUAUACCCUGGUUCACACUGCCGAGACCACCGCACAACAUACAUGACAAGAUGUUGAAAAUAGUUCCGACUUACAUUACAGACCUAAGAAUAACAGAUAUACAGUGAAAUCUCCAUAUAACGGACUUUCCUCUGCAUACAAUCCGCGAGAUGGGGGUUUCACAUCUAACGGACCCUCGAUAUAAUGGAACUUCAUCUCUAUAUAGUUCGUUAUAUAGUGGUUUCAUUGUAUUAUAUAUAGCAGAAGGCAAAUUACUAAGAGGAUUCUAAGAGGAUUAUGUAAAGUAGGGAUAACGAGGCAUUACUGUAAUUACUAAGGAUCGGUACCUCAAACUAUGGGGCCGGGUUCAAGAGGUUCACAGGGUCAAGGUUCACUUCAUAAACCAACACAAGACAAGGGGUUCACAAAGAAUUAUCAAGAGAUUCGGUAAGACAGGGUCAGGGGUUCUAUAAGUCUUCCCUAACUCAGUGUCUUAUAACUGGCCAACAGCUCAGUGAUUCACCCUCUCGAUCAUAGACUCUCUAAUCAGAUGGAUCAAGAUUAAGAUAAGAUACAGUUCAAUAAGACAAAAGGAUAAAAACUCUUAAGAUAACACUAGACGACAGAUGUUAAAAUAUAAUGUUAUUUGAGUAGAUUUAACCUGCUAGAAAGAAGCUCCGCGAUAUAACUCUCUCAUUCACCUGAGUAUUUAUAAACCAAAGAUUAUAUUAUUUAAUGUCUCCUUAUGCCAAGAAGUUAAUUUUGGACAUAGCUUAAGGUUGACAGGAGAGAAAUAGACGGGAGAGAAAUUGACAGGAGAAAUCUCAAUAAGCGUAAGGUAAUAAGUCUACGUUUUGAUUUAUAAUGACAAACAAAUUACCUUUCCCAGACAGCCACCUGGUCAAGAGUGUGCACAGUUAACUUGUCUUGACGCUACAGGGAGGGAGUCAUCCAAACCACAGCUGGGUCGUGUGGCUGUACAUAUAUGACUCUUAAUACACAUGAAACAAGUAAAAGAAAAUAGUAAUUCUUACGCUUAAUAGAUAUAUUUCUUAGAGAGAAAUAGAGGAAUUAUGUUGAAAAAUAAAGAGCAUGCAUGUAAAAAUAAACAUAUUUGAGGAAGUGUAUCUCUGGAAAAUAAUAUACUUUAGUGCUUCACUCACGAAUGUCCACGAGUUUAAAAGUUUACCAAGAAAAUCGAUUAAAACAUAACUGUGUUCAAAAAUGUUUCAGUUUUUAUGGAGUCAUAAAAAGACUUUAUAAUUAACACGAUACCUUUGGGUCCCUGUCAGAGCUGCCUCACCUCACCUGGAGGGGCAGUGAGAAACACCUGCCUUCUCUCGUGUUAUUGACAUGCUGUUCAGUUAUCAAAGACAAUUUUAAAAAAGGAAAAUCUUAGAACGAACAGUGGUCAUGGUGUUGUCACUUACCGCUGCCAUGAGUAUUUUGUCUUUACUCAUUUCUCUCUAUUUUCUUAUAUCAAUCCUCAUCCUCAUUCUUAUUUUGACAGGAAUGAAGUGAAGGAUUAAUUUUAUAUAUUGUAUAAAUAUUGUACAGCACGUUAUAUAAAUAAAAUUCACUCGGAUAA